AUGUUCGUUUCAGCAGGUCUAAGAGGUGGUGCGGGCCGCGGGGCGUCAGCAGCGAUCUGGCACAGUAUGUUUUUGUUUGUUGUGGUGCCGGUGGUGUUGAUGGCAGUUGUGGGAUAUGUACUAAUACCGACGGGUGCAAUUGAUGCAGGAGGCGUUUCGAACCAGUUCUUUAGGGUUUCUAAGCGGUGUUUCUUCUCCGGGAACGGGGGACGUUACUACAAUGGCGACGCAGCCAGCGGUGGGAGUCCGACGAACUUCAGCUACAAGAUGGCGGUGGCGUACCAGCCCAAGGACCGGGAGGAUGGCGUGUACCGGCGGCUGAAGACGGCAGUGGAGUCUCCGACGGGCGAGGACAACUAUUUCAUGGCUGUGAACGCACCGGGAGACGCAUACGCGGGCGUAGCGGACGGAGUCGGUGGCUGGGCAGAGCAUGGGUACGACUCGAGCGCCAUCUCGCGGGAGCUGUGUCUGGCGAUGAAUGAGUUCAGCUCGGUGGCAGGCAGCCAGAAGGACGGAGGCGUAAGCCCAAAACAGCUGAUCGAGAUGGGCUACAGGAGGAUCAGGGACGAGCAGACCGUGAAAGUCGGGGGAACGACUGCGAUUGCGGCUCAUUUCAAACCUAAUGGGAGUAUGGAAGUGGCAAAUCUGGGGGACUCGUGGUGCGGCGUCUUCAGGAACGCAAAGCUGGUGUUCAAGACCGAAUUCCAAACUGUUGGGUUCAAUGCGCCCUACCAGCUGGCCAUCAUACCGGAGGAGAUGCUGAAAGAGGCUCGGAGAAAAGGCGGCUCUUUCAUCCAGAACAGCCCUUCGGACGCAGACGAGUACAACUUCCAGUUGGCGAAGGGCGACGUUGUGGUGCUGGCAACCGACGGUGUCACAGACAAUAUCUCCUACGAAGAUAUACAGUUGUUUCUGCGCGAUAAUGAGCAGAAAAUAAGCAGCGAUUUGCUGGCUGUGUCUCAGGAUUUUGUCAGCAAGGUGGCAAAAUUGAGCAAGGACCCGAAUUAUCCAAGUGUGUUCGCCCAGGAGAUCUCAAAGUUGACCGGCAAGGAUUAUCGCGGCGGCAAAGAGGACGACAUUACGGUAGUCAUGGUGAGGGUAGAAUAG